GACGAUCUCAGACACCCCAGCUGAUAUCACCUCGGUAACCAAGUCCCCUGACCCCCCCACACAACAGCCCCCCAAUACACAGACAGACUCUGAGGCUGAACCUGAGCCUCCCCUCACUAAGACUAACGGGGUGGACUGCCAGGAAACGCCCCCACCUUCAACCCCCCGCUCAAACACUGACGGGAGAAGUGGGGUGGGGGCAGGAAAGGGGGAGGAUGAGGGGGGAGGCCCUGGCCCUGACACCUCCGCCCACCCGAACCACCACCCAAACGGUUGGAGCAACCAUGGCUCUUCUAAAACUCUGCCCCCUAACAACAGCAGCAGAAUUCCCCCCUCGAGGAGCCACAGUGUACACGCCCCACCUCAGGGACACACCCCCUUUCAGGGCCACCUGGAGGGGGGUGGCAGCCCCCUACAGGACCCAAGGGACCAGCAGGAGAACGUGGUGCUGAGGCGGGGCUUCGUCCCCCGCACAGCUCCAGAGAGGGUGGCCCAGAGGAAGAGCUCCAUGGCUCAGCUGCAGCAGUGGGUCAACCAAAGGAGGGGCGUGGCCUCCCAGGAGGACCUCCACAGCCCCUCCCGUUAUUACCCUGUGGGUCGGGGGGUCCCUGCUGAUUAUUAUGGUUUCCCUGGAGGCCCCCCCUUCAUAGAGGACUACCCUCUGUACCCUCCCGGAGUCCGCCCUGACAGCAUCUGCACGAUGUCUGCAGUGGGGGGUUACGACCGCCGCUGGACCGUGGAGGAGAAGCGUCACUCUCUGAGGGACGGCCCCCACCAGCUGUACGGACCCCCCAUGUCCCGGGACUCAUGGGGGCCACAGUACUAUGGAGGGAUGGAGACGUCUAUGAGGCGUCUGUCCAUCCAGCCCCGGUCCAGGUCAGUCCCGCGGUCCCCAUCCUCUUCUUCGGGGGGACCGUACUCUCCGGUACCACACAGCUUCGCCUCGCCAGCUCGAUCGCCGUCCACCCGCUUCGACCGCUUCCAGGGCAGGAUGAGGGAUGACGUGAUCUAUGCUGAUCCAUCUGUGUACGGUCUGAGGAGGUCACUGAGCUCCCCCAAGUAUGACUACCCUGGAAACAGGAGGUCCUUAAGCCAAGGAUUAUACUACAACUACCCCGUCUCCCCCUCCAUCCACAGUAAAAUGGUUCCAGACGGAAGUCAUCUGAUAACCAGAAUGUUGGAGCGCUCUCCCUCAGCAGCAAAGCUCUGUGUCCAAGUGCCUCCGUUCCACGACGUCUACAGAGGAGAGCUUCACCCAACGCUGAAGCUCAACGAGAUAGAAACCAGCAAACUCCUGGGUCGACUGUGUGAGCAGAGCCGGAGCCUUAAAGACCACGAGGCUGUGGUCCACAGACUGAGGAUGGACAAGGACAGCCUGGAGGAGGCGCUGGUGGUGACUCAUCAGGAAAUGGAGCUGUAUCACACCCAACCUUUGGCCAUGGAGAAGCUGCGGUACAAAAAGGAAACCCUGCAGAACCAGCUCAUCAACAUCCGAGGAGAGCUCUCGCAGGCCUCCAGUGCUUUAACCACCACUCGUAUGGAGUUUGAAGCGUUGGAGGACGAGGCCAGCGCCAUUCAUGGAGACCUGUGGGAGCAGCUGAAUGCAGGAGGACAGGUAGAGAGUGAGCUGGUUCGUCGGCACAUCCAGAAAGAGUUUUGGCGUGUGCAGGACGUGUUAGAGGGACUGCACAAGAACAACUCGUCCAGAGGAACAGACACAGCCAAGCACAGAGUGGCCGGCGGUGCAACAGGCUCCUUUAGUACCAAUAGUCCAGCCAGUCCCCUGAGCUCAGUAAGCCUCACCAGCCCGCUCAGCCCCUUCUCCCCUGUGCCCGGCUCCCAGGCCUCCCCCACCAAACAGCUGGGCCCGGAGGAAAACGUCCCCCCAAGGCCUCCCCUCCCUAAGUCUUACUACCCUUUGGAGCCCUCCUCCACCUUCCCCCCCUCCAUCCCCCCCCUGCCCUUUGACAGCACCGCCUGGCUGCACAGCUUGGGUAUCGAUGAAGGUUACCUAGACGGUGAAGAUGGUCUCUUCAGAAAGUUUGGAGAACAGAUCAUGGGCGAUGUGCAGGAGCAGCUCCAGGACCGACAGUCCAGCGUGAACAAAGUUGGUAUCGUUCCUCCAAGAACUAAGUCACCGACAGACGAGUCACACAUGGGACCAGCUCGAGCUUCUCGGUAUAACAGCCGAGCACAGAACGGAAUCUCCAGGGAGCGUCCAAAGAGCGCCGUGUUCACUGCCGAGGUCAAAUCCAAGAUGAGCGUGGAGGAGCAGAAUGAGCGAAUCAGACGGAACCAGAGCAGCUCUGUGAGGGACAAGAGGCGGAGCCUUAACCUGUCAGGUGGCCAGUCUCCAGCCAACUACAAAGUGAUUCGACGGCGGUUGACGGCCCACGAGAUCGACAUCAAAGACUUGGAGGCGGCGGUUCGAGGUCAGGGUCUGGAGUCACCUCGGGAGGAAAUCGCACGUCUGAGACGGCUGCGGAUUGAACCGGACCACUACGAGCUGGACAUCGGCAAGGGGCUGAUGGCUCCUGAUAAAGUCCUGAUCCCGGAGCGCUACCUGGACGUGGAGGAUGACACUCCUCUGAGCCCCGAGGAGCAGAAGGAGAAGCAGAAGAAGCUGGAGAGGAUAAAGACGCUCAUCGCCAAAUCAAAUCUGCAGAACAUGGUUCCUGUGCUGGACGGUCCCGUGGAGGGCGUAGCUCCCGUUACCUCCCAGCAGCAGCUGCAGGAGCAGGAGAAGAGAAUCGAAAUCUCCUGCGCUCUGGCUGCUGAGGCGUCUCGCCGAAGCCGCAUUCUGUCUGCCCAGUGCGUCCCCAGCCCCCCCACCUCCCCGACCAGCCUGGCCCCUCCCCCUUCCUCAGCUGACCUCCCAAACUCUGCCCACAUCAUGAAGGUGUGAGUCCUACCAGCUCAAGCCCUGGCGGCCGUGAAGUUUGAUGGGGCGUCUUUCUGAGGACCACUGGACGAACUGAACGAGAAAGAUAGACUUUUUAUUUUCUUUAGCACCUAAACUGACUCAACAGAAGCACUGGGGUACAUUUACAAACCCAUCAAGAAGCUAAAGGACUUCUGACCCCCCAACACACACACAUACACACAAUAACCUCUGAUCCCUCCAACCCUGACGGUCUCCCACUGUGUGAGGCUGCAGAUUGACCAGCUGUGUGAUUCACCAUUUAGCUCAGGACACAAAGAUUACAGAUGUUGCUAGGUCACUGUGUUGAUGAUGGCGUGUUUUAAACUCUGAGAACUGAGGUCUGAUGGAUCCGGGGAGUAUUGCAUGUGAGAGGACCAGGCGGGAGAAGAACAAGGAGGACAUAUUAAAGAAGACGAGGACCAUGAAGGUUUCAUGAUCAUUUCAUGUUGGAGAGAGAGGAGGGGGCUCAGUCUGAGGGUCUCUGGAGGGUUUGAUCUCUGGAGUGUUUGAGCGUCACAUCUCUGAUAAAUAAUGCGGUGCAGUUACCGCCAACUCUCAGCAGACGACCAUGUUUACACUCAGCCUAACUGUGCGUAGCUGUUAGCGACCCCUGUUGGUGAGUUAGCCUCUUUUUACAAUGAGGCUGAUUCACAGAGAAAGAGAUGAUUGCUCCCCAAAUGACUGAAUAACGGAUCAUUUAAAUACAAGCAGCUCUUUAGAGAUUCAGACCCUCAGAGUGAAACCUCUCAUCGUGUGUAUAGAUCUAAUGACUUACCUGAACUCACUGUGACAUCUGUUUCACCACCACCCCCCCCCCCCGCCCUCCCACCACCACCCAUCCCAGUAAAAUGCUCGUUUUUUUAUCUGUAUACACCGACUCUUCUGAUUGGUUCACCUGGGUUUUUUUUCACUCCCUUAUAUCAGAGGGGUCCUCUAAGUGAGCAGCUCCUCUCUCUGUAUGUUUGUUUGUGGGUCGUCAUGACAGCACUCAGGCCCCUCCCCCUUCCAUCAAGGCUGUUUAUGUGUUCGGUACGUUGAUUCUUUUUUAUACCACAAGUUUUCAAACGCUCUUUUCUUUAAUGGAUCGAUAGAAUCAAAAAGUGCUGAAGCUCUCUAAAUGACACGGACCUUUACCCAAACGUCCCCGUGUUUUCGAUUCUUCUUAGAACCAUCUCAAAGGUCGUAGUGGUGGUCGGACCCUCCGCUGGUCGUGUGCGUUUGUAAAGCGUAGGUUAGAAAGUGAUUACGUUGGAUCUGUGGAAGUGAAACUAGAAGUGACCUUAGAAGACAUGUUGUUUAUCAUAUCGUUCUAUUCCUGAACUCAUGCAGUGCCAUUCGUCUGACGUUUAUUCAUCUCCUGAACUCUGGAGGAGCUGCAGCUCGAGCAGUCAGCGUUAAAUAAGAUCGAUGUUUACAGACGACUAUAAAUCAUUCAUCUGGAUCAGAACACGAUGAAAACACGUUCAUUCUCUUCUGAAAGGAUUUAUUUCUGAUGUUUAUGAUUUUGUCUGAUAAAUAAAUUAAAUCAGUGUUUCUUGUUGUAAUACUCAAUUCAGCCACUAGAGGCUGAAAUAAAAUGCUAAAAUUAGUUGUUUUUUUUUACGUGAAAAUGUUUUUAACCAGCAGAAAUGUUUUUAUACACAAUGAUCACAAAGUCAAAUUAAACUUUAAGGAACUCUUCAGAAUUCAUCCCUCCGGGCUCCCGUAUUUCAAAACAAACUACACAAAUAUUUAACCCUUUCAUGCAUUCUGGUCACCACAGAUGACAGAUGUUCAACAGCUGUUUGCCCCUGAAUGCAGCAGUGGACUGAGAUUAGCCCCACACUGCCCCCCACUGGCCGGACUUUGUAUGAGAAACUAAAAGCUCUUCAAAGUAAAAAUGGCCGAUGCAGAGUCAGAACUUGCAGCGCUGCAUGAUGUCUGUGACUUCUCUAAUAAAAUGCCCUGUUGAGUUUUUUGUUUCGUAUAUUUUUAAUUUGUGAACUGCAGCCAUCGAUCAAAGUUUCACUGAAAUGUGUUUUUAAGGAAUAAUUAAUCAGAAUCUGAUUUAAUUUCUCAGUUUGAGGACCUGUUAGUGUGAAGGUCAUCUCUUUGCUGAAGCUUCCUCCAGAUGUAAACAUUCUGACCCUCCACAUACACACACACAGACACACACACACACACAUACGCACACACACACACAGACACACACAACCUGUUACGUAUAUCUCUGCUGCCUCAAUGUCGUUCAGUCGGUCAUGUUGUUUGUAGAAAGCGUUCAGACUCGGAGCCCCUCCCCCCUCAUGUACGAAAUAAAGUUUAAAUAAAGUUUUUCUGACUCGGACGCCGGUCUGAGGCGGGCGCAGUGACGGCGUUCAUUUUAUGUGCAAACAGGAUUUCAGAGAAAACGUCUAUUUUUGUUUGAGUUUUGUAAGAAGGGAACGUGUCUGCAGAGCCAGGGAGUAUUUUUUUAGCUGCAUGGAGAUUUGAAGACAGGUUUAUACUCGGGGUUCAGUUUGACGCUCUUCACACAGGGGGCGUGUUUGAGGAACACUGGCACUACGACGGCAGAACUUUGAUAUUUUUGGAUCUUUUUGAACGUGUUGCAGACAGACAGCUCGAAGAAGAGUUCAUCUUUGAUACCACAUGUAGCAUCUGUUCAGUGUAACCAGUGUACAUAAUGUUUUCCAGUAUAUCUGCACAUGUAACCACUGCUCCUCUGGGGGAAAUACACAAACUGCUUGAUCUAUGCAAAUGUUAAAAAACAGACAAAUAAUAUGACGCUUGCAAUAAAGUGAAUGUAAACAAACCAAGUGUUUCUCUAGAA